AUGCGCUUAGCCCAAAAGAAGAUUUUGAAACGUAUCACGUAUGAAGCAGUGGAUACUCAAGAGUUUGAAGACACAUACUUGAAGAUGAUGGAGGACUAUAACAUUAAGAGCAAUGAAUGGCUGAAUUCCCUAUUCAAAAUUCGUGAUCGUUGGGCUCCAGUAUAUGUUAGAGUAUGCUCAUUUCAGGUGUCAGAUGUUGUCAAAGGGAAAGAAGGUGCAUUUAGAAAGCAAGUGGUAUACAAUGUGUACACCAACGAGGAAGAAUUUGACAUUAAAUGCUCUUGUCAGUUGUUUGAGUUCAGGGGCAUUAUUUGUAGGCACAUUUGCAAGGUGCUUAUUGAGAAGAAUGUGAACGACAUUCCUUCUAGGUAUAUUUUACCACGAUGGACGAAGGACAUCAAACGCAUGCAUACAUAUAUACAGAAUUGUUAUGAUGACCCACAAACCAAUGAGGAGAAACUGCGGUACAAUAAAUUGUGUUCUCAUUUUACUAAAGCCGCAGAACUUGGAGCAGAGUCAAAUGACAAAUACAUGUUCUUGAUGAACUAUGUGGAUGAGGCAAUUGGGAAGUUGAUGGACAACACAUGUUCAAAUGAAAAGUUUAAACCUAUGUUGUCGGAGGAGACUAAUGUGCCACACCAAAAAUUUCUAUCACCUCUAAAGGUGAAUUCAAAUUCUAUAUCGAUCAAUCUGGACAUGCAUCACAGUUCUUCUUUAGGUUUUGCAAGCCAAUGCAAUGAUCUCUAA